UCCUUUCCCUUUCUCACAAAAUCGUCACACACAGGCGCCUAAACAAAACUUAAAGCACAUGUUCGAUUGAUAUAUACACCGGCGUCCAAGAUUAGGUGCUGUUGAACAGUAAUCAUGUUCAUUAAAGUUUCAGAAUAAGUUUUGUUAUGUUCUUUUUAAUCAAAAGAAGGAAAGUGUAGGAGGAUGACUUUGACUUCGGCUGUUGUCCGUCAGACGAAGAGGGCGGAGCCAGCCAGUGACAAGAGGCUGGUUCUUCUGAGUUUGUCAGUUCCCCCUAAAAAUAGAAGCCGUAUACCAGUGUGAGUGAAGAGUACGUUUAUGUCACACUAUCUAUUGGAGUCAUUGAUACAGAGUAUCUAUAUCCAGCGACGGACGGAGAAGAAAAAGGUUUUUCCCAGGGAGGGAAGCCGGUGGUUGAGAAGCAGAAGACAGGCAGAAGACGCUGAGAGCCGGAGGACUCUGAGGGGCUGGGUAAAGCAGUUCCAGCUGUGAGGAGAUCACUGCUCUGACGGUGGUGACGUGGACCGGACCAGAAACAGAGAGAAAAGAGACAGAGAGCGUAUGAUGUACUAGGGGAGCGACGUGGACAAGCUCGGGAGUUUUUCUGAUAUUUUUUUGGUGUCAGAGAGACGGCGGGAAGAAAGGACAGAGCAGCAAAAUGGGACGGAAGAAGAUACAGAUCACCAGGAUCAUGGACGAGAGGAACAGGCAGGUCACCUUCACGAAGAGGAAGUUCGGCCUGAUGAAGAAGGCCUACGAGCUGAGCGUGCUGUGCGACUGCGAGAUAGCCCUCAUCAUCUUCAACAGCUCAAACAAACUGUUUCAGUACGCCAGCACGGACAUGGACAAGGUCCUGCUCAAAUACACAGAGUACAACGAGCCGCACGAGAGCAGAACCAACUCGGACAUCGUGGAGGCGCUAAACAAGAAGGAGCACAGAGGCUGUGAUAGCCCGGAUCCCGACUCCUCCUAUGUCCUCACCCCCCACACAGAAGAGAAAUAUAAAAAAAUUAAUGAGGAGUUUGAUAAUAUGAUGAGAAAUCAUAAAAUCCCCAACGCAUUGCCACAGCAGAACUUCUCCAUGCACGUGGCGGUGCCGAUAUCGAACCCCAGCACCCUGUCCUACAACCCGGCCUCCCUGGGCACCCAGACGCUGGCCAGCACAUCGCUAGGCGACAGCGCCUUGCUCUCCCCUCACCAGAGCUCCUUGCACAGGAACGUGGGGUCCCCUGGGGGCCCCCAGAAUUCCCCCGGCGCGGGAAGCACAGGCAACGGCUUCUUAAACCCGCGGGGUUCCCCUGGACUCCUGAGUGUACACAGCGGGAAUGGGCUGGGGAAAGGGAUCCCCAACAAGUCCCCACCGCCCCCCGGGGGCAACCUGGGCAUCGGCAGCCGCAAACCCGACCUGAGGGUGGUCAUUCCUCCAUCCAGCAAGGGCAUGAUGCCUCCUCUGUCAGAGGAGGAGGAGAUGGAGCUGAACACCCAGAGGAUAAGCAGCUCCCAGUCCCUGGCCACGCCGGUGGUUUCAGUGGCCACGCCCAGCCUGCCCCCGCAAGGCCUGGUAUACUCAGCCAUGCCCACUGCGUACAACACCGAUUACUCCCUGAGCAGCGCGGAGCUGUCCUCCAUCCAGGGCUUCAGCUCUCCCGGCGGCCUCUCUCUGGGCUCAAUGUCGGCAUGGCAACAGCACCAGCUGGGGCAGGCUGCCCUCAGCUCGCUUGUAGGUGGUGGUCACUUACCUCAGGGUUCCAGCCUCUCCAUAAACACCAAUCAGAACAUCAGCAUUAAGUCUGAGCCCAUCUCUCCGCCCAGGGAGCGAAUCACACCCGCCGGCUUCCUGCACCAGCAGCAGCAGGCCCCGCCCCCUCCGUCCUCCUCCUCCUCCGCCCACCCGUCUCGGCAGGAAGUGGGACGCUCGCCCGCGGACAGCCUGAGCUCGUCCUGCAGCUCGUAUGAUGGCAGUGACCGCGAGGAUCCUCGUACCGAUUUCCACUCCCCGCUCGGGCUGGGCCAGCCAGCAGGGGGCGGUACUGAGGGCCGAGACAGCCCAUCUGUCAAACGCAUGCGCAUGGAUGCCUGGGUCACAUAGAACUGCCCAGGCAACCUUCUGUCACCUGUCACCUGUCACCUGUUACAAGCUAGUCCAUUUGAGGAAAGGGAGAAGGUGGGGUGGGGUUUAUGGGGGGCGGGAGCAUCUAGAUCUCAUUAUUAUUAUUAUUAUUAUUAUUGUUAUUAUUUAACUUUAUUUCAUUAUGUAAGUAGCAAGAAUGGCAGAGGAAGAUUAAAGCCUAUCUAAAUUACGUAUAUUUCACAAAUAAAAACAUAACUAAGAAACGGAAAAACAAACAAAAAGUAAUAGGACUGAAUUAUGCUCUGAAACAAAUUUCAUGAGGUACUCAGAUACAAACUGUUCAAGUUUGGAACAGUCCAGUGUAUUUUUAAAAGUAAAUUCACAAAUUCACCCACAUGCAAAACAAUAUCGAUUAUUUAGUCACUUGUCCAGUCUGGCACUUACACUUAUAUUUGCUUCUUUUUUCCUGUACGCACAUUUCAGACAGAGGAAGUGAAGGCUUGUUCUCCGGUGGAGAGCAGAAGCUCACGAUGCCCAGAAGGAGGUUUCAUGGUGUAAUCAGGGCCACCUCCCAACCUCUAAACCAGCCAGUGUUCUAGAAUUCCAUUGCUUUCAAUUGCCAUUAGGGAUUGUUAAAUCAGAAUUAGAAUUUUCAAGGACACUGUAAUCACAUAUUUGUGAUCUGAUACCUUCAAGGGUUAAAAACACAGAUUGUGUUGUGACAUUUUUAAGAACAUAAGAAAUGUUCUUGAAGUAGAGUUUGAGUAGUUCUAGAAGCCUUGACCCCUCCUGUUAUCUCCUGGGUGAGAUUUACAUUCAAUUACACAUUCUGAGUAUAAGUCAAAAUGGGUGUUUCAUCUUUGCUUGAAAGAAAAAUAAUUUUUUUUUCCCGUCCUAGGCAAAAGAGCUGACCACAAACGUGAAGUUAAGUUAAUUAAAAAUAUACAUAGAUAUUCAAUUGAAAAAGAAAAAUAGACAAUGUAUAUUUAAUAUAUAAUUGGAGAUAUUAGUAAAAGUUAUUCUGUACUCAAAAUAUACCAAUAAUUUGUGUUUUGAAAACCAAGCAAAGUAUUCGCUGCUGAUAUAUAUAUUUUUUGUAAUAAACCUUUGACCCAUUUGAACCAUUAA